GAGGGUGGUCAUGCCUUUUGGCCUCACCAACGCCCCGGCGACCUUUCAGGCGGCAAUGACCAAUGAAUUCCGUGCAAUGUUGGACCGGUUCGUGCUGGUGUACUUAGACGAUAUUCUCGUCUAUAGCCGGUCAUUGGAGGAUCAUCUUGGGCAUCUUCGACGAGUGUUGGAGACGCUCCACCGCGCCAAGUACAAGUCCAACCGCGACAAGUGUGAAUUUGUCCGGCAGGAGCUGGAAUACUUGGGCCAUUUCGUCACACUGGAGGGCAUCAGUCCGCUAUCGGACAAGAUUCAAGCCGUCCAAGAGUGGCCGGAGACUCGGAACGUCACAGAUGUCCGCUCGUUCCUCGGUCUCGCCGGCUACUAUCAGCGCUUCAUCAAAGGCUACUCAAAGAUCGCGGCCCACUUGAACAAGCUUCAAUGCGAGGAUCGGUCGUUUGACUUCGCAGAGGAGGCGCGGGGAUCAUUCUUCGCUCUCAAAGCCGCGCUAUUGUCUACGGAGGUCUUGCAGAUAUACGACCCGCUCUUGCCUACGCGCGUCACUACGGAUGCGUCAGGCUAUGGCAUUGGUGCAGUCCUUGAGCAACAUGACGGUGUGGAUUGGCACCCGGUUGAAUACUUCAGCAAGAAAGUGCCCAUCGUGCAUUCCAUUGAUGAUGCACGCAAGAAGGAGCUCCUCGCCUUCGUCCACGCGCUCAAGCGGUGGCAGCACUUCCUCCUUGGUCGAAGCCAAUUUCGCUGCGUAACGGAUAACAAUCCGUUGGUCUUUUACAAGACCCAAGACACCGUCAACAGCACCAUCGCUCGAUGGAUGGCUUUCAUCGACCAGUUCGACUUCUUUCCCGAUCACAUUCCCGGGAAGUCGAACCGUUUUGCGGAUGCUCUUUCACGGCGUCCAGAUCAAUGUACCGCGGUCUACUCAACCUUCGAGAUCGACGACGACCUGCCGAACAGUUUCAUCCGCGGCUACCAAGCCGACCCCGAGUUUCGCGACAAGUACACAAAUUGCUCCUCUCCUAAUCCGACUCCUUCUCACUACCGGAUCCAAGAGGGGUAUUUGCUCGUCCACACGUGGGGGAAGGACCUCCUUUGCGUACCGAGUGAUCCUCACUUGCGUACACGGCUUCUUGGCGAGUUCCACGACGCUCCCGCCACCGGACAUUUUGGAGUCAAUCGCACGAUUGGCCGAGUCCGCGAGCGAUUUUGGUGUCCCGGCCUUCUCGGCGACGUCACACGCUAUUGCGAGUCGUGCGAGGUUUGCCGACGCUGCAAAUCCCGCAAUCAUCGUCCGGACGGCGAGUUACGACCACUACCAGUCCCGUUGAGGCGAAGGGAAGCGAUUGCCAUGUACAUUACCGGCCCGUUUCCCAAGCACAAGACCGGAGUGGAUGGGAUUCUCACGGUGGUCGACCGACUCACCAAGUUCGCCAUGUUCUUGCCUUGUCGCUAUCAUGCCAAGGCACCGGAGUUGGCCGAGGUUCUGUACGCCGGUUGGAUUCGAACCAAGGGUUACCCCAAGGAAAUCGUCUGCGACCGCGACACUCGGUUCAUGUCCGAUUUUUGGUUGGCACUCAUCAAGCGAUGGGGCUCAUCUCUCAAGCCCAGUUCAGCUCACCACCCUCAGACCGAUGGCCAGACGGAGAGGGCGCAUCAGACCGCACAGGUUCUCCUCCGCACUCUCAUCCGCCCCAACCAGAAGGACUGGGUUGAGCGGCUGCCGGAUGUCGAGUUGGCCUACAACUCAUCUAUCCACCUGGCUAUCGGGAUGUCGCCCUUUGAGUUUGAGCACGGCUCGCCGGUCACUUCACCGUUGGACACUAUUACUCCACGAACGGUCGAGAGUGACGACCAUCUUCUUUUCUUGCGUCGGAUGCAAGAGCUUCUUGUCAAGGCACGCGAUCAGAUGGCUAAGACGCAGCAGCGCAUGAGCCAACAGGCCAAUCGCCAGCGUCUUCCUUGCCCAUUCCGCGCAGGCGACCUUGUUUGGGUUUCCGCAGCGGAAUUCAGCCUUGAACAAGACAUCUCUCGCAAGCUCCUCCCGAAAUGGAUGGCCAUGGCCGAUCGUAGCGCCCGCUGGGGACGCACCCGAGGGACCUUCCUUCACGAUUCAGCUGCCUGGCCACUUGCCGGUCUACCCAGUCUUUCAUUGCUCCAAGUUGGCUCUUUACACGCCAGCGGAACAUGACGAUUUUCCCGGGAGACGUACGCAAGACCCACCUUCUAUGGACGGUUUUCAGGAGGUCGGCGACAUCAUCUCCCAGCGAC